AUGGGCGUAACGGCAUCGGUCAUGCUCUACGCGAGCGUGACUAUCACAAAUCUCGUGUUAAAUGCGGUCACUUUGUCCCGGCAAAAUCACGAAGACAUCGAGCUUUUUGCGGAGAACAUUGAAGAAAAUGAUCUCAAACGCAUAUUUUGCAGCUGUGCGAUUAAAAAUAGAGCAAAACAAGUAUCCACCCUUGAGUCCGUCUCUCAAUGUUUGGGAGAUUUAGGGGAAGUGCUUAUCUUAAGUGAGGAGGAAAUGCUUGAAGGCAGAAAGGAGUUAGAAGAAAACUGGCCCUAUAUUGAUACAAAUGGAGACGGAACCCUUGACCUCGAAGAGUUUUCGGACUCGCUGGCCUUGUUAUCAUUGACAGUCUCCAAAAGCCUCAUUGAAGGCGUGGGCAAUCCAGAUGGUGGACUCAACAUGAUGGAGUACAAGAACAUCGUCAAUCUCUUACUGAAUUCGGCCCGUCAGAUCAUGACAAUCAAUUUCGCCUUUGAAACUGAGUUACUCGAGUACUUUGACACAUCUCAAACCGACGGCAACCCCUCGGAAUUGAGCGAGUCGGAGCUGAUGCGCCUUUUGCCCCGCGUUUGGUCGCGUUCCGUCGCCGACUGUUGA